GGCAUCGAUUCAGCAGGUCGGGUAAAGCAGGGCAACGCGAGACGAAGAGAGGGCGAGGAAAGAUACGCUGGCCACUCCAGCACUCGACAGUCGAUACUCUUCGGCGAUACAGUUGUCUUUAUUCGCUGAUCGCUGAUUGCGCCGCGUCAUUCGAUCGCGCCGCAGAAAAACUCCAACUACUUGUACUGUGUGUGAUGUGUACUGUGUAAUUGUGUAUGUACAUGCAUCGUAUUCGUAUUCUUCGUACUUAUUCUUCCAGAGUGUCUCCUCUCCGCGCCGCGCCCGUGCUGUCAUGUUGAGAUGUUGUGCCGCUGCUACCGCUACCGCUGCCGCUGAUCGUACUCUUGAGAUGUUCGCACAAGUUGAUACACGUUACUUGGGUGUCUGUGUCCGUUAGUGCCAGUGUCAGUGUCAGUGUCAGUGUUCGUGUUCUUGUUCUUGUUCGUUUUCGUAAUAUUACGCAGGUAGGACAUUGGUAACGUAACGUAGGUAUAGGAAAUUAACGAAUUUUACGUAGUUGACAAGUUUCCGCGAAGAAUUAACGGUCUCAUUCCGCGACCAAUAUAAAACGAUAGGUACAAUAGUAAAGUUGAACGUCGUCGUAUGAAUACUCGUAUAUCGGUUGCAUGCUGCGUAGACGGUAAAUUAACUUACACAUAUAUGUACAUGUACGGGUUACUGGUACAAGUACUAGGUACACUACUGAAUUCAUCAAUCUAAGUACCUGUAUACAUCGGUUUGCAUUCUCGUUUUGCCUGCCGCAUUCCUCGCAGCCCGGUAAACGCUGCGCAGCGGGGCAGCAGAUACCUAUGCAGUUGCUGAAAAUGGAUUUUCAUAGAUGCUGCGGCAUUUACCCUACAGCCAAGAUGACGAUGAGGCAAUCGAAGCAUAAAAGUAGCGCGACUAAGAAGUCAACGAUUGUGACAGUUGUACUGGCGCUGGUGACGAUGACCGUGAUCGAUACCAAUUACCAAGUUGCAGGUUGGCCGAUGGUAGAAUCACCAUCGCCGUGGCCGCGGUCCACACCGUCGUCGUCGUCGUCAAAGUCACCGUUACCGUCACCGUUACCUUCAUCUUCGCCGGCAAUGCUGUCUACCAGCGAAGAAUUAGAUUCGGAUACAUCUCGCAAAGUUCUCGGAUCCAGUGUGGUGACAUCUGUCUCGGUGGUGAUGAACAGUAGCGAUGGUAAAAACAACGCGUCCUUGUCGACCACUCCAACGCCGGCAUUUGAAGACAUCUCAAUCUCAUCCUCGUCGGCAGCCCUAAGUAAUUCGACGUCUUCCAUUUCCAGUGACGAUAACGUUACUCGCACCGCGAAGCCAUCUUCAUCUUCGGACGAUAAUAGCAGAAUGGAUGAUCAACAGCAGAAAAGCAAUUUAAUCGCCAGCCCUGGCAACCUGAUGAAUCCCGACAAAUACGAAUUUUACACGUUCGACGAAGCUGGCGACUUGGUUAAAAGACUGAUGAGUUGGGACGAAAUACAAGGCUUGAUAGCGGCCAGCGAUACGGACGGUCUACUCGGCGAGGCUGUUGUGCCCAUGUACUACAACGAAAACGUCAAUGGCAACGUCAAUACCAACGGCAUUGGUGGUAAUGCAGCCACCUCUGCAGCCGCUUUUGCAGAUAAACUGCACGAUACUCAUUUGACCGCGAACGAAUUCCAAAUGUCUGAUGUUCAAGACGUACGCAAGGUGGUUGAAAGUGUACAGAAUGUGUUGAAGAGCGAAUUAGCAGCAGCUGCUUCGUCGCCUUCAAAAAUUAUACCGGCGGUGAAGCCUUCGUCGGCGAAUUCGAAUCCACCCAAUUGGUCGUCUCUUUUCUUGCCCAAUUUCCUGGAGAAUAUAGACGAAGCUGCUUUCGUCGAUUUACAACAUGAUCAGCAUUUAUCGACUAAUGAUGUUUCUGCGACCACGGCGCCGAUUCGGCAUUAUUCGUCGAUGGCUUUGGAUAAAUUUUCCAAUAUGGCUGCCGCCGCUGCUGCUACUUCGCUUAAAGAUUCGACGACAACUUCAGCAUCAUCCAGUCCUGUCGUAAGUGAAAGCACCUUGAACAAAGGCGGAUUCGUUACAUCCACGAUGCAGUCUACAGAGGUCACAGCCUCGUUCAAAAAUUCCAUCACAGCGUCAACCCCGACUCAAAAGUUUACUCGAAUUAAGAAUACAAGUACAGCUGGAAAACCGAUUAAUUUCAAGUAUUCGCCCAGCACUACGAGCGAGAGGGUUUGGUCAUCGCCCAAUUUGCUCGCAUCCAAUUUCACCGUUAAUUCUCAGCAACCCUCUUCUGCAUCAUCACCAUCUCAAGCUCCUUCUAGUUCUUCAUUUUUAACGCAUCCGUACAUUCCUCAUCUACCAUCAUCGAUGAUAACGAGCUGGCCGGUGAAAACUUACUCUUCUACGAAACUAGCGACUGGCAGUGCUUUGAAAAACACCUCGGUAGUACCUUCCAUUGCUGCUGAUGCGAGUUCUGCAACCAACUUGGACCAGGGUACAGUUAAAACAACAACAACGUCAACUAGGACGACCGGAUUUGCGAUUGGGAAUGAAAAUUCGACCCUGUCUCAACCAGGAACAUCUGUUACUAAUGCUAAUCGCGACUCGUUCACUGCUGCUUUAACUAAUUUGUUGAAUCAAAUAAAUAACGAUCAAAGGCAAACCACGAAGAUCAGACCUAGUGUCGAUUCUUUGGUCUACGACUCGUCGAGUGCCACAACUGAAAUGGCUUCGGUAUCAACGGCAGCAGCUUUCGGUCAACGUAACGCUACAGCUUUGAAUUCCAUUCCAGUAACGUCUCAGGUCGACCAGCAGAAAUACAAGGUUACUUCUGGGCUGAGGAACAGUACUGAAAAAGAUUCGACCGGAUUCGGUAUAUCGACAACUUCGCCAUCGAUGCAAUUCACACGUUUUGCCAAUAACAAUGGCAGCGUUCAGUAUCAGUUUGGAGCAAACACUACGAACGUGAAACGAGAGAAUUCCACCGAAAGCUCAUCGUUUUACAAACAAUCACCAUCUUCGGUUUCGGAGACCAAUUCGUACCCGAGUACUGCAGCUGCAGCUAGUUGGUCAAGCAAUGGUAACCGAUCAAGCGGUAGUGCCACUUCUGUCACCAUUCCUAGUACAGUAACAUUGGCAACAGGCAAAUUCAAUCCAUUCUCGUCUUAUCGAACAGCGACUACAUCCAGUAUCAGUGUGGCUACCGUAGCUCCUUCGACUUGGUCCAGUGAUAAUGUUUGGUCAUCUGUAAAAGUAUCUCCGUUCACAACCACAACAACAGCCGAACCUCUGGUCACCUGGAUAUCGACAAAUAACUUUGAAAAUCAACAAUUCGAGAAUAAAAAUUCAAAUAAUGGGCAAAUCUCGGACUCUGAUAAGUUGGUAACUGAACAGUACGUUUCAGGAACAGCUCCAGUGACAGGAACCACGACUGCAGUGUCUUGGAAGAAUAAAGUGAACGGUGACGUUGGCGACUUUUCUUCGUCUCCUUCACAUUUGUCUUAUGCAACAACCGUACCUCAACCUUUCACCAAGAAGACUACGAUCUGGUCCGGUAACAUUGGCUCAUUUAGCGAUGCUAAAAUUCCAGCAGCGACUACAGCAACAUUCGCAACAUCGUCUUCAUUCCAACACACGUUUACCGAACCUUCGACCAAUCUUAUUCAGCAACAACUAUACCCUCAUCGAGUAAACUCGGUCAACAACAACGUAGAGUCUAAAACCGCCGCAACUCCUUCUGCUUCAAAUACUCACUUUCCCAGCCACCAUCAUGCUCAGCAACAGCACGUGAAUCCAAUCCGAAACUCAGCCACAACAUUCAACUCGUACUACCAUCGACCUAGCACUAGUUCUGGCAGCACUACGACCAGUAUUUUGGAGUCUACGAGUACGAAAUACACGAAGAAUCCCUCGUUGUCGUCUUUCAACGCUACAACAGCAAAUGAAAUGGUUAUGCAACGAGUACCAACUCUGGAUCCGCCAAAUAAACUCGCAUCUGGCGGUAUUGGGAACGCUGUAGAUGGUAAUGAGAAUCGUAUCGACGAUGACGAAGCUCAGCACACAUCACUUACGACCAAAUCAUCGUUGUACCACGCUUCGACGGAAUCUGUGAAGAAUUUAACGCAAAUAGCCGUAAUGCUGAAUAAAUCCAACGACACAACGAUGACGAAAACUUCUUUCAAUAAAAACACCGUCGCCGAAAUGAAGUAUAAACCGACUGCUAAACCAAAUCGGCCAUUGUCGAGUCACCAUUUCUUCGAUACGACUGCAACAGCUACAGCGACAGCGACGACCAACAACAAUAAUAAUAAUCCGAAUCACAAGUACCAUACAAACAACAACAUCAACGAAGAAGAUAAAGCGCAAGCUGCAACGGUAAAGCCGAUAAAUGUGGAAUUUCUCAACGAUUGUAUUACGUCAUUAAUUUCCAAUUCGGUGGUUAGCAGCGGCGGUGGUGGCGGUGGUACUGGUAAUGGUAAUAAUAAUGACGACCAUGAAACAUGGCAGUCAGUGUCACAUAACGGUAACAUCGGCGGCGGUAACGCGGCCAAUGCUAGCCACAGCCAUAAUACCCAUCAUCAGCAGCCUCAGCAGCAUCAUCAGCAGUACAAUCUUCAUUAUCACAUUAACGAUAAAGACGACCAGGACAACGAUCGCGAUCACGAUCAUUCUUCUUCGACCACCGCUAAUUACGGCAACUUUUUCUCACGCGACCAAAAUAAGUACAGUUCGAGUUCUAGCGCCAGCUCCGCACCCGGAACCACGUCCUCAGCUUCCAGUAUGUGGGAUACUUUGCAGCAUAAGGUGACGUUAUCGAGCGGUGCGUCAACUGCAGCCACAGCUGGCGAAAAACAAAAGGAGAAUUCGCACAUAUAUUACUACAAAUUACCGCCAAUUAAUUCGCAACCGUUGAAAGCGAACGCCAAUACGUUGCCUUCGUCUUCGUCUUCGCUGUCAACGAGUUAUACGCACAGUCAUAGCCCUACGACUACUUCCAGACCUGCUAAUGGUAUGACGACGGCAGCUGGGACAUCUGCGGAUAAAACGUAUCAAAAAAUAACGACCAUAGAUCGACCGUCGAAUUUACCUUCGAACGAAUCACCAUCUCCAUCGUCGAUACUGCCGGAUGUUAAUCGCAUCACUUGGAAACAAAACAUGGUUCCUAUUUCGACGCCUUCUGCAGCUUCAACCAGCUUUCAAAGUUUGAUGCAUACUGAAGCAAGAAUCAGCAGCAGCGGGUCAACGACCGCCUUCGGGGAGGAUUCAAUCUCUUCAGCUAGUGUAGAAAACAGAGAAGCUUCAUCUUCUGCGAUCGCCGAUACGAGUUCGUCUCAAUUUAUCGAAUUGACCCACAAUUCAACAAAACUCGACAAGAACGAUGAAAAUAGCGAUAUCAACUCGACAACGAAACGUACCGAGCCUGUAGCUACUCCUCAGAUGCUCUCCACGAUGUCCGAUAUUUCCACUAUAAGCGUAUCCGAAAGUGCUUCUAAACCAACAACGCCUAUUUCCAGCGACUCGCUAUUAUCAGACUUGAGAAAGGAUCACGAUGACGUAUCAAUCGCUAUUAGCAACGAUGGCGACGACGAUGAUAGUGAUAAGAACACCAAUAACGUCAACGAUGGUAACGACGAUGACGACGAUGACGAAGAUGAUGAAGGCGACGACGACGAUGAUAACAACGAAAACGUCGAAGGACCGAUCAAGGAGCAGAAAGUAGGAGCAAUUGGUGAUAACAACGAGCAUGGCAAUCGUUACAAAGGCGAAGACAAUGGGCUGUCAACAAAGAAUCAGCGAAUCGUAAACGCGACUACUACCACUACAGGACAAUUUGACCGUAAGACAACAUCCAGCGAAUCGUUUCUCAAAGAUCGAAUCCGAACCAAUGUAGCGAUAGCUAAUAGAAAUGUAUCCAACUCUAAUCUGAAACCACAGGAUACCAGAUUUACUACACCAACGUUUCAAAAAAACAGCUUCAGACCUGGUGAUAUGAAAAACAACAACAGCAUUUCUGGAAUAUCGAGCUCCUCCAGUACGGUGCCCAGUGUGGCUUCCAACGACAGCGUCGAAUUCGUUCGAAUCAAAUUAGAAAACCAUACCACUCAAAGCUGGAACGACGCUACAGCCAGCACAACCUCAUCAACAUCGACUACCACCACCAAUAAACAGAAGGAUGAUAAAAACAAAAUCACUCUCGCCAAAAACCAGCCACCUAAGCAGAAUGCUGCGACGACAUCGACAACGUCACCAUUGGCAAAUUCAAGUUGGCCAUCGCUGCCUAAUCCCAAUCCGGUUGUGAGCGGUUUUCGUAGCCCUGCAGUUGCGACUUCAACACUAAUCCGGCCACCUUCUUCGACCGCCGGUCCGAAUACAGCUUCGUCGUCGACUACCACGUCUUGGACGGUCAAUGGCAAUGGUAAUGCGAACGGCGCUGCUCCAACUGUUGUUGAGUUACAUCCUGCGCCUCAUGAGAAUAUGGGUCUGGAAGCGAGUGUAGCGUACUUAGGAGACGAUGUGAAAACUUUCAUUGAUUUAUGUAACGAGCUAUCUUUCAAAAUAUGGACUUGGCAGACGGCGAAAAGUUUGACAACUUCUAGAAGCAUCGUGCUGUCGCCGUUCGCUCUUCUGUCCACACUAGCCAUGAUAUUUUUAGGAGCUCGUGGCUCUUCGUCCGGUAUAAUGAACGAUUUCCUCAGACUCGACGAUAUGGUUACUUUUAAUCCGCAUCAAGUUUUUCGCAAUAUUACCGAAUCGGCUAUCAAUUCCAAGAACACCGGCGCUGCCAACGUAGCAUUUGUGCAUCUGGUAUUCAGCGACAAGACCAAGGGAAAUGUUUUGGAGUUUUACAAAGAGAGACUGCAGCAGUAUUACGAUACGUACGUGGAAGAGAUAAAUUUCAACGCGAUCGGCGACUUGUUGCGCAGAAGAACGAAUUUGUUGGUGAAAAGACAAACGCAAGGCAGAAUUCAAGAUUACCUGAGAGGAUCGUCGAUCGCGAUGAAACCUCCGUUAGCCACCUUCACCGCCAAUAUAUUCCAGACCGACUGCAGCAUCGCUUCGACAGAAGGCCGAGACGGCGAAAUGUACUUCGUAGUAAGACCAUCAACGCGACAAAGGCGAUUGGUGCCAAUACCUGCGGUGGUCUAUCGUGGCGGUUUCUUGGCAGGUUACGAGCCAGGUUUAGACGCAACGGCGGUCACUUUGAGCCCCGAUUCUAUAAUGAGCACCAUUUUAGUACUGCCCGGUCAACAGGGACAGGUUGCACCAGGCGACGGACUAGCUCGUUUAGAGCAGCGGCUGUUGGAAUCAUCGUACAGAAGAGGCGCUUGGUCGCGUCUGCUUCGCAGUCUGCUAUUCAGACACGGCUUAGAGGUGCAAAUUCCGCGAUUCUCGCACAAGUCCAUCUUGAAUUUAACCGUCGGACUGCAGAAGAUGGGAAUGGGCGAAAUAUUCGCGCCCGAAAAGGCCGAUUUGAGAGGCAUUAACGGUCUGCUCAACGAACUUCACCUGUCCGAUUGCGUUCAAGCCAAUACAUUCAGCACUUGCGGCGAAGAAAGCAUCGGCGCUCGUCAUCACGUCGAAACGUUUCCGUCAUUCGCUCAGCGCACCUCUUCUGGCCCUGGUGCCACCGGUAACGGCGGAGGUAUCGCUAGACACAUCGAAGACCUCGCAUUGCCCUAUGAAGAUUAUCAAGAUCAGCAUUCAUUGCCACCGCAAGCGCAGCCGCUGAAUUCCAGACCCAGGCAAGCCAGACUGCCGGAUAAUCCUAGACUACGAUUUGAUAGACCAUUUUUAUACAUUGUACGACAUAAUCCAACCGGAAUGAUAUUGUACAUAGGUAGAUUUAAUCCCAGACUACUACCUUGAUGAAGCGUAUAUUCGGCUACUUCUACUUAAAUUAUGUAGGUACCUACCCCCUCGGUGAUAUAUUUUUCAAAUAUCGUACUUUUCGUUUAUCGUUAUAUUCGUUUAUGCAUUUAAAUCUCGGAGAUGUAGCGGUCGAUCGAGUAUCUAUCCUUAAUAGGUAGGUAAUAAGGUACGGUUCGAUAUACAUUCGAGUCACCUAUCUAUGUACUCUUUUUUCGUAUGGUACAUAGGUAACAAAUUUUGUAUGCUUACUUACUGGAGUAGGUACUGUUUUAAGAAAUUCUAAGUCAAAAUUUAUUUUAUAAGAAUUGAGCGUAAGCGUAAUCUUGUUUAUGUACUUAGUGAUUCUAUACUUACGUAGGUAAUGACAAAUAUCAUAUUUUGUGUGACGUGCGUACUAACGAUUUCUUUCAACGUGCAUUUAUAUUUCGUUAAGCUGUACGUCGUUGUACAGUGUAGUUGCAUUUAUUAGAUUUAUUACCCAUUUUUGGAUUGGAUCAGCUAAUUCGGUAUUUAUUAUGUGCACUGUACAGUGCCCAAUUGCCUAUAGGGACUUCAGAGGCUAUCGCUUCUGUCUACGUAUAGGAACCUUAUACCUACAUUUAUUUAGUUUUUUCAAUUUUGCUUGUUAACGAUUAGAUUAGGUAGAUUGCAUUUGAAUAUUGCAUUUAAUGUAAAUGUACGCUUAAUUUUACGUGUUAGUGUUAGUACGAAGGUAAGGACUUUCCUUCUUCUUAAGCACAAGUGCCUAAAGUAAUAAUCGUACUCGAUUGGGCGAGUUUUAUUACCUGUUUUUUUUUUUUUAUUUUAUAUUAUAUAAAGUAUUGUAUGUUGAAAAAUUCAGAAUUUAGAACAGUAUCAGUUGUAAAUAUUUGAAACUGUUCAAUUGCUUCAUUCACAAUUGAAAAAAAAUAAAUAAAUAAAAAUGUG